UCUCUCAGCUCUUCUUCACUUACUAACUUUAGACGCCCUUACAGCAUUCAUGUCUCUUCUUACUAUGUCAUCGGAUUUCUGUCCAAUACAAUUCGCUUUCGAGAUUCUCAAAAGUUGGUGUGAUAGAUUCGUUCCUGGUCGGCCAACAACAUGGCUACUCGCAUGACUACGUGAGGAGUUCUAGAAGCCGUUGACAGGUUGACAUGGAGUUAUGAAUAAUGUCCGUCAUGCCGGAGUCAAUAAUUCGAAAAGUGUAUAUAUAUAGGUCAUCAAGGUCGUCGUUUCUUGAAUUAGAUAGAUCAUCAGGUCAGUAACAACUAGUAACAAGUCGAUCCGGUAACAAACUCGUCUUCGCAUCAACCGCCAAUAUGCAAUUCACUCAGAACGUCCUCCUGCUUCUCACCAGCUUGGCUGGCCUUGGCGCCACAGCCCCCUUUUACCCAUACGCACCAACAUUCAGGCCACGUGGUAUACCCGUUCUAGGAAACGUUCCUUACCCGAACACCACGAUAGCGGGACUUACCGUUAUUGACACGCCUAUCGUCCGUCUUGCAAGGGAGUUCGCUCGUAACCACAGCGAUGACGCUACCUACAAGCACCAGCUUCGCGCCUGGCUCUUUGGAUCUCAAAUCAUUGCCAAUAACGAGACGCUUCUGAACACCGUCGACAUUGAAGUACAAGCCGUGGCUGCCAUUCUACAUGAUCUUGGCUGGGACCAAACCCCAGACUCUCCAGUCACCUCUUCGGACAAGAGAUUUGAGAUUGACGGAGCCAUCGCUUCGACAGAGUUCCUCAAGAAGUACGGAGAUGAGAACUGGGACCACCGCCGUAUCCAGCUGGUAUUCGACGCCAUUGCAUUGCACACGACCCGCACGAUCGGAUACUACAAGGAGCCCGAGGUAUUUGUGACUAGUCAGGGCAUUGCUAUAGACUACAACGGCCCGGAGCGAGGUGUCAGCAACCAGACGUGGCAGAGCAUCGUUGCAGAAUACCCCAACUUCGAUUUGAUUCAGGCGACCAACGAAACCUUCACUGCUAUCUGUGCUAGGAAGCCGGAUGUCACUUGGGACACCCAGUUGCAGCCGUGGGGUGACCGAUACGUGCCGGGCUACAAGGAGAACCAGAACUUGAGAAUUGACGGCAUCUUCACAUACCUCCAAAGCAUCCAGAAGAAGUAAGUCAGAGGUAUCACCUAGAAAGGUCUUGGUGCUGGUGUUAUGGGUGUUCUGAGUGAGGAGCAGGGUUGCAGGGGAAGUGGAUGUCACUUUAUGAAGCUUCGGUACAGUCGUUUACUAAAAGGGAAUCGGCUGGAUGAGUGGCUGGAUCAGAGCUUUCCCUUUAAAUUCUACUAGGUUAGCUUAUUAUUCCCUAACUAUUAUUAUAGU